AUGGCGGCUGGGGCAGCAGGGGCCCCUCGGCUGGUGCAGUACGUGGUUGUCCGUUCAGAUCUGGUGCAUUCUCUGUCGUGGCCCUUGGGAGCGGUGAUCACACAGGCCUGUCAUGCAGCCACGGCAGCCAUCCACCUGCACUACACAGACGCAGACACGCAGCGCUAUUUGGAGGAGCUGGAUUCUAUGCACAAGGUGGUACUGGGGGCUGCAGACGAGGCAGCUCUGUCUGGACUCUCACAGACUCUGACUCAGGCCGGAGUGCUGCACAAACUGUGGAUCGAGCAGCCGGAGAACAUCCCCACGUGUUUGGCUCUAAAGCCUUAUCCCAAAGACACUGUCCACAAACUGCUGAAGAAGUUUAAACUGUUCAAAUAA